UUCCUUCAAUUACACAAACGACUGGCAAAGUAAAUAUUUCAGGCCUAUAAAUCGGAGCAGAAUGCUUUUCAAACCUGUUUUCCAUUUUCUUUUUUAAUUAAUUUUAUAGUAGAUAACGAUUUGUCGACGUCUUGAUAAAGCUUAGACCGUUGACCUUUUACCUCUGACCGUGUUUGUUCAGAGCGGUAAUGGACGGAAGACAUGACCCUCCAUUAUGUUGCAGCAGUGCAGGCCGUUCGAGUGUAAAUAAACAACUUCGAUACCCAACCGAUAGUGGCCGAGGACGGUGAGCUUUGUGACUAUUCGGGUCUGGUGUUCCACGGUUGUCCUGAUGCUUCUGUCUGAUGCAGGUAUAAUGGCAGCAGCAGCGUUUGGGACUGCAGCGCUUUGACUUUAGGGCCUGACCGGCACCAUGCAGCAGAAAGGUGCCAUCCAGAUUAUUGAAUGGGAGGACCUGGACAAGAGGAAAUUCUACUCCUUGGGUGUGUUUAUGACGUUAACCACCCGGGCCACGGUCUACCCAUUCAGCCUAAUCCGGACCCGGCUGCAGGUGCAGAAAGGGAAGGCCGUGUACUCGGGCACCUUUGACGCCUUCUGCAAGAUCCUGCGAACGGAGGGCGUGAGGGGCCUCUACCGAGGCUUCAUGAUCAACACCUUCACUCUGGUGUCAGGACAGGCGUACAUCACCACCUACGAACUGGUGCGCAAGUACGUGUCCCACUACUCUCCCAGCAACACGGUCAAGUCCGUGGUGGCGGGAGGGGCGGCGUCCCUGGUGGCUCAGACCAUCACCGUGCCCAUUGACGUGGUGUCCCAGCACCUGAUGAUGCAAGGACAGGGCGAACAUCACUCCCGCUUCAAGGUGAAGCCAAAAAUGAUGCUCGCCACAUCUAAACGCAAACCUACUUUCGGACAAUCGCGGGAAAUAACGGUGCAGAUAUUUGCAGCUGAUGGUUUCAGGGGAUUUUAUAGAGGUUACGUGGCAUCCCUGCUCACAUACAUCCCCAACAGUGCUCUCUGGUGGCCUUUUUAUCACUUUUAUUCAGAAAAAUUAUCUUUAAUGGCGCCAAGUGGAUGUCCCCACCUGAUUCUGCAGGCUGUGGCAGGACCAAUGGCAGCGGCAACUGCCUCCACCAUCACAAACCCUAUGGAUGUUGUUCGUGCAAGAGUUCAGGUGGAGGGCCGAACAUCCGUCAUAGAGACGUUCAAGCAGCUGCUGGCGGAGGAGGGCGUCUGGGUGAUGACCAAAGGGCUGUCGGCCCGCAUCAUUUCCUCCAUGCCCACGUCGGUGCUCAUCGUGGUUGGAUACGAGACUCUGAAGAGGCUGAGCCUGCGUAGCGACCUGAUUGAGACCAGACACUGGUGAAAGACAACAAGGCGUAGGCGGGGUGGGGGACCAGGACAGCCUGUCAUCAUUCUCCAGCUGCACAGAGGCAGUGACCCAGAUCUGUCUGACGUGCUUUAGAUUGGUGCGGCUUUAAACGCAGGAAGAAAGAGAAUUCAUCAUGAGACGCAGCAUUAACAACUGCAAGGUGGAUGAAACAACCUUAUUGUUCUCGCUGUCUGAUGAUUUGCUGUAUUAUCUGUGAAUGAUGCACAUUGAAAUGCGUAACAGGUACUUGUUCCUCAUUUGUGUUGCUGUAGAUAAAAUGAAGCUGGGUGACGGACGAAAAGAACAGAAUGGAAAAAUUCAAGUUUUAAUCCAGAAUUUGGGUUUUCGGAGUCUGGUAGCUGGCUUAUCAAGGAGCUAAUGCCCUUCCAUCUACUUUACUGCUAUUAUUUCUGUAAAGGUUUUACUUGAUGUUCCAUUCAUACAAGUUUCUCUGGUUUUGUGGGGUUUACCUGCAUAAGCUAUGAUGUUUUGGUUACUUUGUCAUUCACAGAUCAUAAGUAUGAGCUACCUUUUUUAUUAUAACCGUAAUUCAUUCAGCCUUGUCAUCUAACUCUGGCAUUGGGCCUUACAUGACGGCAAGGUCUAAUAGCGAGGUUAGCUAGCAACUCUUGGCAGACAACACAACGGCAGUGGAGCAUCCUCUUAAAUAAUCAUGGUCACACUUCCUUCCUCUUUUUAUUUUCCAGUACAUUCACCGUAUCUUUAUGUACUGAAAAAAAAAUCUAUCCAUUUUGUCUCUGGCAUAUGCUUGGUGAAGUGAAAUAUUUUGAAUGACUUCAUCUGUUUUCUUUUUUUACCCUCGUUUUUCCACCCCUUGAGGAACUGUAGCGCUUCCUAGGGGAUAUGCAUAGCCAACACUUUGAAAUCUAGAGAGGUCUAGAGAGGUUGCAUUAAAUCUACUGAAACUGUAAUAGCUUUGGUGGUGUAAAAACCAAUUUUGCCUUUAUCCUGUUGUACUCUCUUGUACAAAUAACUUUUUAAUGUAUGCAGAUCUUUCCCUAACUGAGUUUUUACGGGGAGUUUGGUUCUCUGGCCCGCAAGUGUUUUGUGGACUUUUAAGGUAUUUUCCGAGGUCUGGCCAGUCCAUGGACAGAAAGGUAUCCGGUUCCAGAACCUCUGGCCUCAUCUUUGCUUUUGGAGAUGGUGUGGUUCUGUUGGUACCCUCAACUCCUGUAAGUCAAAAGCCAUGGUAACCACCUGAGAGAAAGGUGGAGUCCUCAUCUCAGUGUCUAUUGAGGGGCCUUUUCUGCAGAAUACUUGGUACUACUCUUUUUAUGGAAAAAAAAUAAAUCUGUUACAUGAUUAAUAUGUGUGAUUCUGUAGAUUAAUACCCUUUAGGACUGAUUAUAUUGUGUGUCACUGCCUUUAAUGUGUUCACUUCAACAAAGAGUAAACCACAUUGAUUUGAGCUCGCUUGUAUCACUUCAGCGGUAACCAGGGUCCUCAUAUCGAUUCCAAACAUUUAUAUUUGAACUCUUAAAGUGUUUUUUGGGUUUUUUUGUAUGUAAAAUAUCUCCUGGUGAGAAAUUUGAUGAUUUUAAGAAGACUGCAACUCAAACCGUGCUGCCACGGAUCUGUAAAACAAAGAUGGCAGCAACACACCAGCACACAACUCCCUGAUGUACCGACCUGCCUUCAAAGUUGACAUUACAGUGUAUUCAGAUUCACUGCCAUCCCACAGCGGACAUCUUGUGUUUUGUUUUGUUUUUUUGAGCAAUGUUUGCAGACACUUCUGUCCAGGUUGAGUACAGUGUUUCUGUGAAUAAGACUCUCUCAGUAUUUGUGACACAUUAAAUGAAUGUGUAAACGCUGCGUUACGUAAACAUGUCCAGAGUUCCAGUUGAAUAAAAUUGUGUAAAUUUUUUUUUUCAA